AUGUCGUCGCGCCGCAACGGCUCCGUGUCCCGGGCGGCGGAGGCUGCGUCCAAGAACCGCCUCCACAUGGACCGCAACCCUCAGCACUCGCGGUUAACUGACCCGUCGAAUCCGGCCGGCAGGCGGAAGGAGAUAGACAACGUGAUGAAGCGAGCGCGCCAGGCCUCGCCCGGCAGCUGGGACCGGAAACUGCUGGAGGUCGAGGAGAAGGACCCUAACCGAUGGCGUCACACCGGCUACAAGCAGCUGUACCUGGACGGCUCUGGUUCGGUUUCGCCGCGUCGCUCCCGGUCCCCGAUGCCCAGUAGGAGAUCGAGGUCUCCGCUGGCGUCGCGCCGCUCGCGCAGCCCGCGCAAGUCGCGCACCCGCUCGCCGAGGCGCAGUCCCCGGCGGAGCCCGCGCCGGAGCCCCCGCCGGAGCCCCAUCAGCAGGCGCAGCCCUGCGCGAAGCCCCAGACGCAGCCCCGUGCGGAGCCCGAGGCGCAGGCCGAGCCCGCGCGGGCGCCGCGCCAGGCCUCCGCCCCCGCCGCCGAGGGGCGCGCGGCCGCCCUCGCCGCCGGACCCCAGAAAGUCAUCCCCAUCCGGCUCAUCAGCGAGCAGCUGCUCUGACGAGUCCUGUUCUGUGUGCUCUGCCAAGAACAGGAAGACCGCGCCACCCCCCAAGCCGGUGAAGCCGGGGUCGGCGUCGCCGUCGCGAUCCGCCGUGAAGCGAGCUCCGCCCGCGGCCGCUCCGAGGGCGGUUCAGCCCACGAGGGAGCUGCUGAAGGCGCGCGAGGCCAGCAAGAGGACCAGGGAGGAGAAGGUGCUGGAGUGGCAGCGCUCGCAGCUGGACGUGGCGAGCAUAAAGCGCGAGGGCGAGCGGCGUCGGCCCCGGCCCGAGAGGCCCGAGAGGCCCGAAAGACCGGAGAGGCCGGAGAGGCCCGAGGGGGGCGUGUCCCCCGGCGCGAUCGCGGCCGCCCUCGCCGACUCCAGCUCGGAGAGCGAGUCGGAGCGCAGCGCCUCGCCGGCCGCGGCCGGGGGCGGAGCCCGGCUCACGCUGUCCGAGCGCUUCGGCAAGAUGGCGCAGUGGUCGCUCGACCGCUCCGCCCGCCUCGAGAACAUGCGCAUCACUAGGCGCGAGGCGACGCUGCACGUGCGCAUCGAGCGGGCGCAGCCGCCCGACGCGCCCGCCGGCAGCUACCCCGCCGAGCUGCCGUCGGCGGCGCCCGCGGGCCUGCCCUCGUGGGACGACGUGCGCGUGCGCUACGACUACUACAAGCAGCGCGGCUACCUGCGCGGCCUCACGCUGCCCGACUACGUCAAGUGGGAGGAGUGGUGGUACAAGUACCAGGAGUGGCUGAAGCGCGAGCGCGCGUACGAGCGCUGGGCGGAGGGCGACGUGGGCGUGGGCGUGGGCGGCGGGCGGCGCGAGAGGCGCCGCCGCGGCGGCAGGCACCGGCGCAGC